AUGGGUCAAUAUAAUCACAUCAUCAUUCAGACAAUAAAGUUAUCAGUUCUUCAGAAAACUCGAAAAAAUUCUCGAGGCAUUUGUCUUUUUCGCUUGAAAAAUCUUUUAUGUCAAAAAAGUUGGAUUUCGCAUCUUGGAAUGUUAAGACUAAAGUCAAAGGUACAUCUGCAGAUAUUGAUGGAAAGACGUGGAGAAGAUCUCUUCUAA